UCCAAGCUUUGGGUAGCCUACUUGAGCGCGUGCGUCAGUCUGAGUCUUUAUCCUCAGGUGCCAAAGGAAAAAAAUAGAAACGUAGAUAAAGAAACGGAGAAAUCAGCAAGAGGCUAUCACAAACAAAAGUGGACGAACGGAGAUACUGCCAAUAGGAUCUUUUUUUAAACCCGAGACAAUGUUAGACAUAGGCUGAAGGUUGGCGUGCUGUAUUUGACCUUGAUUGGUGCAAUGUGCUCAUAGCAUAUUCUUUCCAAAGAGAAAAAGGAUGACUUGAGAAACAGGCUUAUGUUCACACAAAACAACUUUAGUUUUGGGUUAUUUUCCAAUUGAGGACUACAUUUUGGCUCCACCUUUUGACUAGACAUGUGGAGUACUUUUUGGUUGGUUUGUUGCUCCGCGCUGGCAGCGGUCGCAGUCGGUUUUGACGUGGAGAGGUGCAAGAGUUUGUCGGUGACGCUAAACAUCGUUCUGCUGGAGGACGAAGACGCGCUGUGGAGCCUGAAGUUCGUGCGCUCUGCUGUAGAAGUGGCCAUCGCCAACGAAAACCGAAUUAAUGAGCAGCAAGGCUUCAACUUCACGAUCAAGGAAAACUACCGUGGGUUUAACACUACAUAUUACCGUCGGAGAGGCUGUAUGAGCAGCACCUGUGAGGGAGUGGAGAUCCUCAAAUCACUGCACAACACCAGUGAGGUUGGCUGUGCCAUGCUUGGGCCCUCCUGCACCUACGCCACCUUCCAGCUGGUGGAUCAAGAGGUGGGAUUGACUCUGACCAUCCCUAUUAUAUCAGCGGGAAGUUUCGGUUUGUCUUGUGACUUUAAGGACAAACUGACUCGCCUGCUUCCUCCAGCACGGAAAGUCUCAAACUUCCUCGUACAUUUCUGGAAUAAGACCUUUCCUGGCCUCAAAACAAAGUGGGACACAGCCUAUGUCUACAAAAACGCUGAGGUCCCAGAGGAGUGCUUUUGGUAUCUGAAUGCGUUGGAAGCAUCCAUUGCUCAGUUUUCCGUACAGAUGAAGGAGAGGAAGAUUUUGCGCAGCAGGGAAGAGGUCACCCCUCUCCUCUCUGAUCCCAAACGAAUCAGCAACAUUUUCAUAAUGUGCGGAUCCCCAAAUGACAUUCUCUGUCUCAAGAAUGGUACAAGUGUGGACAAAGACAUCGUUUUCAUCCUCAUGGACCUGUUUAAUCAUGGAUAUCACAUCAAUGAAUCAUCGUUUGACUACAUGAGGAAUGUUCUGGUUUUGACCAUCCACAGUGUGAGGAACUAUAAUAUGACGAACAAUUGGCCCUACGACCCCAGUGCUCUGAAUGACUACGUUGCAGGCUAUCAUGAUGGUGUUAAGCUCUUUGGAAGUGUGAUGAGGGACAGGUUUCUCAUGAGUCAGAAGCAAGGGUCAGAGACCAACAUCACCGGUGAUAACCCCUUCAGGAACAUUUCCUUUGAUGGAAUGGGUGGAAACUAUAAUUUGGAUGAGUAUGGUGAUAGAGAUGUGAAUUUCUCCUUGAUCUACACAUCUAACACAUAUCAGUAUAAGACAUUGUUUGUGUUUGACACCUCCACCAACAAGACCGUGCUGAACCACAGUAACCCUGACUUGCCCUGGACAGGCUCUCGUCUCCCUGACGACAAGCCCGCUAACGGACUGGGGAGACAUGAAAUCAUAAUGAUCGUGCUGGCACUUAGUGUGGUACUCGUUACAGCUAUUGCUUUGAUCUUCUACAGACAAAACAGGAGGCAGCGCUACUAUCAGAAGAAAUGGUCUCAUAUACAUCCAGACCUCAUUACUCCUCUGGACAACAAAGAGACAAGCCUUAUCUCUCUCAAAAUUGAUGAGGAUAAGAGGAGAGACAGCACCUAUCAGAUCCAUAAGGGCCGCUACGACAAAAAGCCUGUCAUCCUUAAAGAACUAAAACAAAAUGAUGGAAACUUCUCCAAGGACCAACGUAUUGAACUGAAUUCUCUGCUUCGGAUUGAUUACUAUAACCUGACCAAGUUCUAUGGCACAGUGAAGUAUGAAUAUGGAGUAUUUGCAGUAUUUGAGUUCUGCGAAAGAGGUUCUCUCAGGUAUGUCCUUAACGAUAAGAUCUCAUAUCCAAACGAGAGCUUCAUGGACUUGGAGUUUAAAAUUUCUGUCAUGUAUGACAUAGCAAAGGGUAUGUCCUACCUGCAUUCCAGUAAUAUAGAGAUGCAUGGCAGACUGAAGUCCACCAACUGUGUGGUAGACAGCCGCAUGGUGGUUAAAAUCACUGACUUUGGAUGCAAUACUAUCCUGAUUCCCGGGAAAGACCUUUGGACAGCUCCAGAGCACUUGCGGGUGCAGGGUAUCUCUCAGAAGGGAGACGUUUACAGUUUUGCCAUCAUUGCUCAUGAGAUUGUUUUGAGGGAGUGCCCCUUCUACACUGAGAGCUGCACUGAUGUAGCAGAGAAGCUGUACAGAGUUCAGUGUCCCAAUGGACCAGUCGUCUUCAGACCUGAUCUCAACUUUGAGACUGCCAGAGAGAGAGAAGUAGAGCUAUAUGUACUAAUUAAAAACUGUUGGGACGAGGAUCCAGAGAAGAGGCCAGACUUUAAGAAGAUAGAGAGUACUUUGGGCAAGAUCUUCAGUAACCUGCAUGACCAGGCCAAUGCCAGCUACAUGGAUAAUUUGAUCAGGCGGCUACAGAUGUACUCACGCAACCUCGAGCACCUGGUGGAGGAGAGAACCGCCCUUUACAAAGCAGAGAGAGACCGUGCUGACCAGCUCAACUUCAUGCUGCUGCCUGGACCUGUGGUGCGUUCCCUGAAGGAGACGGGUCGAGUGGAGCCAGAGCUGUUUGACGAGGUCACCAUCUACUUCAGUGAUAUUGUGGGCUUCACCACCAUCUGCCACCACAGUACCCCCAUGGAGGUGGUAGACAUGCUCAACGACAUGUACAAAAACUUUGACAGCAUCCUCGACAACCAUGACGUGUAUAAGGUGGAGACUAUAGGUGAUGCUUACAUGGUGGUGUCUGGCCUUCCCCGCCGGACUGGGAACCGGCAUGCAGUGGAAAUCUGUCUUAUGGCUCUGGAUAUACUGGAGUUCAUGGGCACCUUUCAGCUCCGACACCUGCCAGGAAUACCGCUCUGGAUCCGAAUCGGUGUCCACUCAGGACCCUGUGCAGCAGGUGUUGUGGGAAAUAAGAUGCCACGUUAUUGUCUGUUUGGAGACACAGUAAACACAGCUUCAAGAAUGGAGUCAACAGGACUGCCUCUGAGGAUCCAUGUGAGCCAGUCCACCAUUAGCAUCCUGCAGAGAACAGACUGCCAGUUCGAGUAUGUGAGGAGAGGAGAGACCUACCUUAAGGGUAAGGGAAAGGAGAUGACUUACUGGCUAAAAGGAGUAACAGCACGGAAAUACAACCUGCCAACCCCACCGACGGCAGAGAAUUUCCAGCGUCUGCAGCAGGACCUGUCUGAGCUGAUCGUGUGCACGCUGGCAAAACGAGGAAAUGAGAAGAGGAAAACACUCUCCACACGCCACCGGAGAAGUCAGAGACAGGGCAGUGAUGAUCUCCCAGAGUACCUGCACCUGGCUGAUCCCAGCACUUACCUGUAGCCCACACACACACACACACACACACACACACUCUCAGUCUCUCUCUCUCUCGCUCACACACACACACACACAC